AUGGGGACCAGCGGGUGCUUCGACAUCAUAGUCGGCACUCGCCUUCACAAUGGGCGUUGGAAUGUGAAGCAACCAGGGUACGGAACUGUGAUGAAGGUCAACAUGGAUGCCGACCACAAAGAAGUUGAGUCGUACGACGUGCUAAUGGAUGACGCUGAGAGCAUCGUGACGAUUGCGGCGCGUUACGUGGAGGUAGACGUCAAGUAUGCCCGAACGCAUGUUGCUUCGGGGAAAGGGUCACCUGCAGGAGAGAGAGGGAGAUCCUACAAUAGAUGCGUCUCACAUGAGAGCAGUUCGAAGGAGGCGGAAGAUAUUCAGGUACCCGCGGCAACAAACAACGACGGUACAGGCACAGGAAAGGGUGACAGCAGGAGUGGCCUUGAGCACGGUGGAGACACGAGCAGAAACAAUCGAGAUGACGACAAGCCGCGCGGGAAAAGGGGGAUGGCAUGCGGGAAGAAAGGAGGGGAUCAGAGUCGCAAAGACGGGUACAAAGGUCAAAAGAAGGGAAAGAGUGAUGAUGAGGGAAGCGACAGCAGUACAGAUGCGGAGAUGUCGGCAGAAACAAAGGGUAGGCAGGGUUCCAAAGCCAUAAGCGGAGGGCAAUACCAGGGAGAUAGUGAUGAUGAGGGAAGCAACAGUGGUUCAGACGGGGGGAAAGACUCCGGGAGCGAGUACAGCGAAGGAAGUGGGGAUGGUUCGGACAGUGACGAGAGUGACGCCUCGCGGGAGAAGAGAGAAACAAGGCGAAAACAACGGAAACGCAACAGACGGCGACGAAAGGUAGGCAGGAGAAGUAGGCGGGAGAAGUCUUACGCAGGGCUGGCGUGGACGACCUGUGUUGGAAUUCAUUAGUCCGUGGAGCCAUCAUUGUCAUUGACAGUCCGUUUUCCCACUCCCUAUCUUUGCGCUGCGGAAUAGGACGCGAGCAAAGGAGACGGCGGGAAUGGAGUUGGCCGGGGGGAUACGGGAAGAAUUGCAAAAGCGGGCCGUUCCUUUGACGUGCUCGGUCCUCCUCAAGAGACGUGGGAUGCUGUCUUCGAGACACUUCUCGGAGAGCUUAAAGCUGAGGGGCACGACACUCUCCUGAUGAACCGCAAAAAGAAGGUAUCAAUUCUGCGAGCACUCCGAUUUUCCGAUUAUCCUUUCAUACCCGUGACGAUCACGCCUCGCAGUGAAGUCGCAACGGCCAAGGCUGCGCCGGUGUUGUCCGUCUCUUGCGUACAGACGACGGAUAAAUCGCGCGACUAUCACUGUGAAGUCAUUUGUGCGCAUGCGGGACACGUGCGCAGAAGGGGAAACGGGAAGCGUACGACGACAGAAGACCGCAAGCCCUCGUUGAGAAGUACGAAGAAGGUACAAACGUUACCGAAACAUUAUUGAACCUCUUCGAGAGGUUGCUUGUCUCGACGGGAAAUUCAGCUGGUGAGAGGGUGUCAACGCCAGCCCGUGUAUUGUGCAACUCCACAAACCAUUGCAAUCCCAAAUGCCUUGGCAACAGAUAUGUGUUCUGCUAGCAACAGUAUAACAGUGCUUGCUUAUGUAAGCCGGACUGAUGUACUCGGGCUGACCGCGUUCCUCUUUAGGUACGGGUGCCCGCUUCUGUUCGUCGUCGGCGUCGACGACGAAAAUCGCAGCUGCAUUUUGGGGCAGGGAUUGCUGCGGUCAGAGUGUACACAAACAUUCGAGUGAAUGCUCAACAGAUAUGAAACUGCUGCCGGUGGGCGGAGGCCGAAGGUAAUCUUGACCGAUGCUGAUCUUGCGAUGACCGCUGCAAUAGCCUCCUGUUGGCCAGACACGCUGCAUUUGCACUGCUU